UGAUUUCGUCAUGUCGAUCGAUCUUGGAAAUCACAAGAUGAACUCCAGUUCGUCGUUCAGCAGUUUCUCCACAGAUUCGAGGCUGACAGUCAACCGACGCACCCGCAAACGUUGUCAUGAACUAUGACGAUUACCCGCAUCCCAUACGUCGCUCCCCUCGAGCGGCGCAUGAGCUCCAGCAAGUCUUCGAACAGCUCCAGCUCGAAAACAAUAGAUGCGAUUACGACGAGGAUGAGGAAGACGACUACAGCGAUUCUGAUCAGGAGACUCCACCACCUACUCCAAGAAGGCAUCCGGACUCAUAUGACGAACCGUCAGCGACAAGUCCACGGGAACCACCACCUCGCUCUCCAUUACGCGUGAACCCGUUACGGUCGCACCCGGUUGCAGCAGAUAGGACUCCAGCAGAAACAACACCAGCACCGAGACCAGCACCUCGGUACCGCUUCUCUCAUCCUUUCAGGGAGCAGCUGUAUGCUCCGCGACAGCCUGAUCCAGCACCUCGUCGACACCCAACAACCCUUGUGUCUUACAAGCCCGCCAACCAGCAUCUUCAUCCUCGUUUGCGCAAACGGACUUCCUUGGAUACGAUAGCCUCGGUGACAACGACUGCUUCUGUGCUCGAGCCUGACGAUGUGGAAACUCCCUCUCCCUCCAUGUUCACGCUCGAAUCCGAAUAUCCCAUAACACCAGAUGUGGACCUCGGACCGCCGCCCAUGAGCGAGCCACCGAAAUCGGCUUCGUUGCCCGAGUCGUUGCGCACAGCAAGCGUUAGCUCCACACAUUCAAUGCACCCAACAACGCCUGUGAGCUCAGCAGAAACAUAUCCACCCAGAGGCAUACUACGAAAGCUGAAGCCUGGGAAGAGAAAGGAUUCAGUAGGGACGGAUGGAGGAGCCGAACGGCUUGUCAUAGAGCGAACAGUCUCGGUAGAUCAGACAUCGUACCACUCGAACUCGUCAAGCGCAUCCAACACCAUAUCGUCAGGCGCUCCUUCACGAUACCCACCCUCAGAGACAGGCAACUCUCGGUCGAGUAGUGCGUGGACAGCAAGCUCGCAUGAUAUCAGUGGUUUGACACCAGAGGAACUGAAGAAGUGCAAGAAGAAGGGCAUCAACCCAGCGCUGUUCGCUGAGAUGAAGGCAGCUAGGAAGGGGAGGUGGACAAGUCCAAUUGCAGGGAACACGUUCUUGUCUUGACACAAUAUAGGGACGGUGGAUUUAACCGAGCGGAUCUCUCCCUACGACGAUCCCUUGGAGCCCUGCGCGACCAGCUCUUGUUUGACAUCAACAAAGAGUCAAACAUACGCUCUUGAAGACUCUGGGCCUCUGCCGAAAGAUUCGUUGCUUGGAGCACAAGGGUGACA